GUUACAAGUUCAACUCAUGAGAAGAAGACAAGAACACUUGUGUUUGGCAAGGGGAAUAAAUAUUAUAUGGGGCAUAAUACAUUUACUGAUCCUAUUCCUAUUUCAAUUGUCUUCAAAGCAAUGGGCAUAACAAGUGAUCAAGAAAUCUGUCAAAUUAUCGGUGUUCCUGACGUGCGAAAAAUCACACCGACACUUGAAGAAUGCCAUGUUCAUCGAGUCUACUCACAGGAGGCCGCAUUGAAAUAUCUAGCAUCGAAGAUUGUCGUCAAACGAUAUGUAACUUCAGCAAGUAAAGUAAAAACACCAGUUGAUGAAGCUAGAGAAUUACUAGCAACGACUGUUUUGGCACAUGUGCCUGUUUCUGAGUUUAAUUUCAAAUGCAAAGCUAUUUAUCUUGCAUUAAUGUUAAAACGAGUUAUAGAAGCACAAACAGACAGAACUCUUCUCGAUGACAAAGAUUACUACGGUAAUAAACGUUUGGAACUCGCAGGAUGGUUGCUUGCGUUGAUGUUUGAGGACGUUUUCAAACGAUUCAACUUUGAUCUGAAGGCGAUUGCGGAGAAGACGAUUCCGAAGAUACGCGCGACGCAAUUUGAUGUUAUCAAAUACAUGCGAUCGGAACUUAUUACCAAUUGUUUGGUUUUUGCAAUUUCAACUGGAAAUUGGACCAUCAAACGUUUCAGAAUGGAACGACAAGGCGUAACGCAAGUUCUCUCCCGUUUAAGUUACAUCUCUGCAUUGGGAAUGAUGACCCGCGUCAAUUCUCAGUUUGAGAAAACUAGGAAAGUGUCAGGUCCUCGAUCUUUACAGCCAAGUCAAUGGGGGAUGCUUUGUCCAAGUGAUACUCCUGAAGGUGAAGCUUGCGGUCUUGUUAAAAAUUUAGCAUUAAUGACUCACAUAACAACCGAAGGCGAUGAAUACCCACUUAUUCGCCUAGCGAACAACACCGGCGUACUCGAUAUAAACACAGUCGGAGGCGAAUUCAUAAACAAUCCGAAAGUAUACCUCGUGUUUCUCAACGGUAACAUCAUCGGUGUAAUCAAAAACUACCGCCAUCUUAUCGAUAUGUUCAGACUAAUGCGACGCAAUGGAUUGAUAUCCGGCUAUGUUUCAAUCUAUCCCAAUCACCUACAUCGAUGCGUUUAUAUAAGUAGUGAUGGUGGCCGGCUUUGCAGACCUUACAUUAUAGUCGUAAAAGGACAGCCAUUAGUAAAACAAAAUCACAUCAAAGAAUUAGAACAAGGCAUUCGAAACUUUGAAGAUUUCUUACAUGACGGCCUCAUUGAAUUUCUUGAUGUAAAUGAAGAAAAUGACAGUUUUAUCGCCUGCUACGAAGCGGAUAUAGACCCACAAACCACCCACCUUGAAAUCGCGACGUUUACACUCUUAGGUGUAUGCGCAGGACUUGUCCCCUACCCUCAUCACAAUCAAUCACCUAGGAAUACUUAUCAAUGUGCUAUGGGUAAGCAAGCGAUGGGAACCAUUGGUUACAAUCAAAAGAAUCGCAUGGAUACUUUACUUUAUAAUUUAGUAUAUCCGCAAGCACCAAUGGUGAAAACUAAAACCAUUGAACUGACUAAUUUUGAUAAACUCCCAGCUGGACAAAACGCUACGAUUGCUGUGAUGAGUUACAGCGGUUAUGAUAUUGAAGACGCGUUGAUUGUGAACAAAGCUUCAUUGGAUCGUGGUUUUGGGCGUUGUUUAGUCUAUAAAAACACAAAAUGCAUUAUGAAACGCUAUGCGAAUCAAACUUUUGAUAGAAUUCAAGGCCCACUUAUCGAUACCACGAAUAACAAACCAAUUUGGAAGCAUAAUGUGCUUGAUUCCGACGGGAUUGUUGCUCCCGGGGAACUUGUCGAGAAUCGACAGGUGUUGAUUAAUAAGUCUGUGCCGACUGUUCCUUCUGUACCUACUCCUGGAACGGCGGCGAGUAAUGCUACUUAUAGAGAAGUUCCUAUUUCGUAUAAAAAUCCAGAGUCGAGUUAUGUAGAGAAAGUUAUGGUUUCCACAAAUGAGGAGGAUUCUGGUUUGAUUAAAAUUUUGUUAAGACAAACACGAAGACCUGAGAUUGGGGAUAAGUUUAGUUCUCGUCAUGGACAGAAAGGUGUUGUUGGGUUAGUGGUGGAGCAGGAAGACAUGCCAUUUAAUGAUUAUGGUAUAUGUCCUGAUAUUAUUAUGAACCCGCAUGGAUAUCCGUCCCGGAUGACGGUUGGGAAGUUGAUUGAGUUGCUCUCUGGUAAAGCUGGCUUGGUUGAAGGUAAAUUUCAUUAUGGAACGGCGUUUGGAGGAUCGAAAGUAGCUGAUGUGAGUGAAGAAUUAGUUAAACAUGGGUUUAAUUACCAAGGGAAGGAUUUUUUCACUUCGGGGAUUACAGGGGAACCUUUAGAAGCAUAUAUUUAUUCAGGACCUGUAUAUUAUCAAAAGUUGAAGCAUAUGGUACAAGAUAAAAUGCAUGCCAGGGCACGUGGACCAAGAGCGGUGCUAACCCGCCAGCCAACUGAAGGUAGAAGUCGUGAUGGUGGCCUGCGUUUGGGUGAGAUGGAACGUGAUUGUUUGAUUGGCUAUGGUGCUAGCAUGAUGUUGGUGGAGAGAUUGAUGGUGUCCAGUGACCAGUGCGAAGUGGACGUUUGUAAUCAAUGCGGACGAUUGGGAUACUGCGGCUGGUGUAACAGUUGCAAGAGUUCUGGUCAAGUGUCUACUAUAACAAUGCCGUACGCUUGUAAACUUUUGUUGACUGAGUUGCAAGCGAUGAAUAUCACGGCCCGGUUGACGUUGAAUCAUUAUUGUCAAUAGACUUGAUUAGGUAUAGAA